AUGGACCCUCCCUCUAGCUUAUCCAGAGACAUAUCACCGCCACGUGCGUUCAAAAGGAGGAAGACUUCCAGGAUCUUGUCGUAUCGAUCACCCAAUGAGCCUCAUUAUAAUACCAAUGUAGAUCCCGAUCCCGCACUUGCAGCUGUGGAAGCUGGAAGGGCCAAGAUUGAAGACCACCUGACGUACUUCGAGCAUUAUCUGACAAAAGCCUCUAGAAGCACCACUUUAGAUUUCCCAAGGCUUUCCACAGGCAAUUUUUCGUCCUUGUACAAGAACAACAAACACCGGCACGGCCAUCACUUCGUCAUCCAUCAGCAUAAUCAUCCCAAAGCCGGCGUGCACUAUGACCUCCGCCUUCAAUUUUCCGCAACAAGCUCAGUCUUCUGGGCACUUCUGAAAGGAUUUCCCGGAAACCCCAACUCAAUGCAGCUAGGGAGGACGGCCAUCGAAACGCGUGUGCACAACUUGUGGAAUAACUUGGUAGAGUCAGCGUCUAUGAAGACUGGAUCACUGCUCAUCUGGGACACCGGAACAUACAGUUUGCUCCCAAGAAAGAAAAACGCAAAAGCAAUACCAAGCCCACAAACGACUGACGCAGAAUCUGACGCAGCUGAGAGCAGAAAUGGUGGGUCCAAGGACGGAACGCACGAAAACGAGAUACUCAUCAAAGCCUUCGAUUCCCGCCACAUCCGCCUGCGCCUCCACGGUACCCGGCUACCAAAAGACUACACCGUCACUCUACGCCUUCCAUCCAGCAAUGAAGUCUACAAGAAAUCAGUCGCGAAACGGAGGAAACUCAAACCAGCGGCAAGGAGCAGACGACCCAGCCACACCUCCGACUCGGAUUUAGACUUCAUGCCAAAUCUGUCCAGCGACCCGCAACAAAUCGCGACAGCAGAAACAGCCAGUACCGUCCAUCUCGACCAUGACUUGGACAUUCCUGACCUAGACACCGACUCUGACGAAGACGCACUGACACGCACCCAAAACGCCUACCCCGGCCCUCACAACACAAUCGGAUCCGUCCACCAACGGCGAUGGUUCCUACUUCUCGAUCGGCAGAGCAUUGGGUUCGAGUCGAUCGGAGGGAAGUGGACGAGGCGACCACUGCCGAGUAGGGAGCUGGGCGGCUUCGAGCCGUUUGUAGUGAGAGGGAGGGACGCGGAGAGAAGCGUGGCCACGGACCGCUCGACACGGGGAUGUAGAGUGCGAUGA